AUGGCCAACCACCUGGAGCUGAUCCAGGAGCUGCAGCAGCUGGACAAGGUGCCCAGUCUGGAGAGGCUGCGGGCGGCUCAGAAGAGGAGGACCCAGCAACUGAAGCGAUGGGCCGUGUACGAGAAGGAGAUGCAGAGCAAGAAGAAGAAAGCAGACAAGAAGAGCCGCUGCAUCAACAACAACCAGCGGGAGCUCAAGAGGCACGUGUCGUUCGCUGCUAACGUGGCUUUGCUGGAGGCAUCGGCGCGGAACGAUCCAGAAGAAGUGCGGCAUCUUCUGAAGAACAACGUGAGCCCGGACCUCUGCAACGAAGAUGGCCUCACCGCUCUACACCAGUGCUGCAUCGAUAACUAUGAGGAGAUGGUGAAGAUCCUCCUGGAGCGUGGAGCCAGUGUGAACGCUCAGGACAACGAGCUGUGGACGCCGCUGCACGCCGCCGCCACCUGCGGACACGCCGGCCUCGUCAACAUUCUCAUCGCACAUGGGGCCAACCUCCUGGCCGUUAACUCGGAUGGAAACAUGCCCUAUGAUCUCUGCGAGGACGACCCCACACUGGACAUCAUCGAGACGGCCAUGGCAAACAGAGGCAUGUCUACGGCUACCACCCCCGCCAAAGGGUCGGAUCCGAAGCCGAAGGAGGCUGCAUCCCGCUCAUGUCCCGCGUCAUGCGGGUCUGCCAUCUCAGGCAGGGACCCUCACCCUAUGUGCAUAACCUGCAUGGGCGCUAAACACGCUCAGGCAGCGCUCGCUGACCGCGAGUCCUGCGGGUAUUGCGCAUCUAUGCCUGAGAAAAUAUUGGAGAGGAGGCUCAGCGUUGCGGUGGCUCAUCCCCACGACCCGUUGCUGGCGGGGACCACCGAUAAACCCACAGCCGUCACUCAACAGCCCCGUAAGACUGAACUAUGGUCAGAUAUGCUGAAUGACGAUGACGCUGAUAUGCCGCCAUUAUUCGAGGACCUGCUCGAAGUGGACCCAGGCGACGAGGGCGCAGACGGCGAUGAUGCCGCUUCUGACUUCCUCGAGGCUGUGGAUAUGGAUGAUGUGGAGGAGGACUCUACAUUCCCAGCGGCCCAGUCCCGACCCUCCAGCGCAUCUGAGGCUGCGACUCCCGUCGAUAGCAGCCUAUAUGAUGUGUGCAAGCGCGCUGCCGCCUGGCUUAACAUCCCCUGGCCAGCCGCUGUAGAUGCGGAGGAUGGGGAAAGGGAUUUAUAUGACGGUAAACGGCUCCCGCCAGCGCAUCCACCUCCGAAGCAACUUCUCCCUGCUGUCAGCGCAUGCAUGAGAGAGGUGGGGAGGUUUUGGAAUAACCCACUUAGGAGCAAGCUUCCUGUACAGGGCUAUUCAAAGCUGGAGAUCUAUGGGAUGAAGGAGCUGGGGUUGGCCGAACCCCCAGCGGUGGAGCCUUCAGUGGCUUUUCACCUCCAUCCUAAUCGCCGUUCCGUCUCAGCCUCAAGUCAGGUUUCCCUGCCCACAAAAUCAGAGAGAGUUACAUCCUCCAUUCUGCAACGCAUGUACAGAUAUGCUUCUCAAUCUGCAUGCGUACUGAAUACUGUGACUUUACUGUCCGGUUAUCAAGGGGAACUACUUGAGGAAAUGGGACAACAGCUGGACUCCGGGUCUCCUAACCCGGUCCUCUGGGAGGAAAUCUGCGUGGUAAAUGACCUCAUCCUACGCUCUACUCGUGGAGCUGUCCAGGGCUGCGGCCAUGUCAUGGGACUGGCCGUAGCGGGUGAGAGGGGUCUAUGGCUCAACCACUCAGGUCUGACAGACGCUCAGAAGGCUGAAGUUAUGGACACUGCUUAUGACCCUACCAAAGGUCUAUUUGGUCCGGCCCUGGAGAAGAUGGAGACCAGUACCCUCCGUAAAGAGGAGGGUGCGGCCUUUAAUCUUUGUCUGCCAAGGAAACAACCUCCUCGUCCAGCGCAGCCCCAGAGAGCGGGCCCCUCUGGACAGACAGGCCCCAGGGUUCCCAGGGCGGGCCCUGGGCCGCAGAGGGGGGCAACCCAGCACCCUGGCCAGCAUUCCAACCAGCAUUCUGGCCAGCAGCAACGGCCAGGCAACUCCAGACCAUGGGGAAAACACUCCUAUGCUGCGGCUGCAGCAAAAAACCGCUCUUCUCAGCCCGGGGAGAGCAAAAAGAAGCGCAAUUCCUAG